GAAGACACACCGCUACCGGCUGAGGAACGGAGGAGAUUGAGAAGAGAAUAACUAGCUUCAUGAUUGUGAACAUGAAAACAGAUGACAUAGAGGGGUAUAAAAUCAGGUCGACGGACAUCCUAAAGCUUUUCAAGAGAGGAUGUAUUAGAUGCGGUCCAGUGGACUUUUUACAAGCUAAAAAAAUGAGGAUUAAAACUGGAGUUAUAUUUUGGAAUCUCGUAUUUUUUAUGAUGGUCACGUGUGUGCGAGGUUUCAUAUAUACGUGUGGUGGGACAUUAAAAGGACGGAAUGGCACCAUUGAAAGCCCAGGUUUUCCAUAUGGAUACCCCAAUGGGGCAAACUGUACAUGGGUUAUUGUAGCAGAGGAGGGAAACCGAAUUCAAAUUGUCUUUCAGUCCUUCGCUGUGGAGGAGGAGUAUGACUUUAUAUCGCUUUAUGAUGGACAUCCUCAUCCGGCCAACUUCAGGACGAGGUUAACAGGAUUCUCAAUGCCACCACCAGUCACGAGCACGGGGUCCGUCUUCUCCCUGCGUCUUACCAGUGACUUCGCUGUGAGCGCUCAUGGCUUUAAAUUAUAUUAUGAAGAACUGCAGAUCAGUGCCUGUGGAAACCCCGGGGUACCUCCCAAAGGCAUCCUUGUCGGGACACGCUUUAACGUGGGGGACAAGAUCCACUACAGCUGUGUAACUGGGUACGUCCUGGAUGGGCACCCCCAGCUCACCUGUGUCACCAAUGCGGAGAAGGGUGCCGUGUGGGACUUCCCUGUGCCCAUCUGUAGAGCUGAGGACACAUGUGGUGAUACUCUGAGGGGUUCAAGUGGCAUCAUUUCAAGUCCCAAUUUCCCGAGUGAAUAUUACAAUAGUGCGGACUGUACGUGGACCAUACUUGCUGAUCCUGGAGACACCAUCUCCAUCAUUUUUACAGACUUCCAGACGGAGGAAAAAUAUGACUACUUGGAAGUGGAAGGGUCUGAGCCUCCUACAAUAUGGUUAUCUGGGAUGAAUGUCCCUUCUCCUAUUGUCAGCAACAAGAACUGGCUGAGGCUACAUUUUGUAACCGACAGUAACCAUCGAUAUCGGGGCUUUAGCGCCCAUUAUCAAGAAUGCUGCAGCCAUCACACGGAGCAUUGGGGAGUACUGGCGAUCCUGUUGGUGGUGACGUCGGUCCUCGGUUGCCGCCGAUGGAACCGGGUGUGCCUAGCCAGCUUGUCGGGCUUCCACGCCCUAGCUGCCUCCAGAGAUUUCCUUGCCCCGGUUGGCUCGGAAGGUGCCCAUCCCACCACAGGCCUCAGCCGGAUCCGGGAUCGACAGGCGUUCAUGCCUCUGCAGGAUCGUCAGGUUCCUAUGCCUCAACCGGCUCACCAGGCUCUGCCGGUUCGUGGGGAGUUUAACCCCAACCGGCUUGCCCAGCACCCAUGUCUCUGCCAGCUCUCCUAG